GAGCUCAACAAGCUGCAUGCAUAGCUACAUCAGAGAUUAAUCUCUGGUGCAGACAGGACACGAGACUCCUGAGGCCACAGGCACGCCUGCAGCAGAUCAGAGCAGCUCAGAUGGGCUCAUGAGGUGUCGUCCUGCAGUUCCACGAGUACCUCGAGGCUGUCGAAAACCAUCAAGGGUAUCCUCAGCACAUUCCGACUAUUAUUUGCAAAAGGGGAGGAGUUUGACGAGAGUUUUGGAUGUGGCUGGGUUGGGUUACCAAUGUGGAAAAGAGGGGCCAAAAUUGAGUACAAAUCUCAAGAGUGAGUCAUACUUCACUUUCUGGAAGAGACGAAGAUGUAUGAGGAAAACAAAAAAGUUUCUUGAGGGCAUGUCUGAGAAGAUAAUUCAGGGAAUUCAGUCAGCACAGAGCGACUUGCACAAGGAGAAGUCACAAAAGAACAGGACGAGAUCCAAGUCGGAUAAUUGAAUGCUGAAUAAGUGGAUGGAUAAACCACACCUCAAUCCACCUACUUAAUUGAUAAACAGCUGUGCAAUUGCAGGGCACGUGGUCAUCGGGCAUGCACAGAAUAUAAACAUGCCUAUCUCCAUGGUAAUGGCUAUUAAUUGCGUAUGUGCCUAUUAAUUGCUAGGGAGUUGUUUACUUUGUUGAACUCUGUAGGGAACUUUGUCCAGCCGGAUAAUCGAAGUACCGGAUAAUGUACGGGCGGAUAAUCGAGGUUCUAUACUGUAUGUAUAUUUUUUAUGUGUGAGGAUGGAAGCCUAUAGCAACAACUAACAGGGCAAUAGAGCCGACACUAGAGACAUGCUGAAAUAAUGUGACACAGUGGCAAGGCUUUUAAAUGGCAUUGUCGCAGUGGUGUACAUGUAGGUCAUACACUGCAAUGGGACUCCUAGCUUUUACUCGCUUUUAUUCUGCAACCAUAUGCUUUCUUAACAGUACUUAUUACGUUGAGGCUAUUUUCAUGCUAUAAACGCAGCAAUUUAUUAGCCAGAUGAGCAACGCACACACACUAACUGGCAGACUAGUAUGUCAACUUUUCAAGGAAGAAUCUUAAAACUGCAGCUAUACAUAAUUAUAUAGAGCUCUACAAAAUUCUCCUCAGCCAAUGGUUGUUUGUGUGCUUUACUAAAGUAUACGGGAAAGGAGUAUCCUCAGUAGUUUGUAUUCAGGGCUGUUUCUAUAUUACUUAUACUUUCUUUACUUUCACUCUUUUUCGUUCAAUGUGAUAGUUGAAUUUGAGCUUCGCUUUUAAGUAGAGGUUGGCAUAUCGACCUCCAUACUUCUUAUUUUGUGGCGGAUGGUAUUCUCCUUUAGCAACUGUACUUUUGAAACAGGUUCCUACUUCAGCAGCCCCACUCUCAGGCAGCAAAUAUUGUCCCUCAGGCAACAUACAAAAAACAAACAAGACGCGUUCCACUAAAUCUGCAAGUUACAACAACAUAAUUUCCACUUUCAAGUUCCACUGUAGCGUAGGCUUCUUGUAAGUUUCUAUUAGAUAGAACGUAUAGUUUCCAGCAGCUGUUACUGCAUCUUCGACAGUGAUAUCAACAGCAUUCACAUGCACAUCCUGAAGUGUAGAGGGCUGCAAACCAGCAGCAAAACUAGUCCGCUAUUCAUUUCUUCAACCAGUUAAAAUACUUGGAAACUUUACGGUACUUGGCUAAAGUUAGAAUAGCUUAUUAAAAUCAUCACUCACAAUUGCUGCUCAGUUUUAUGUACAACAAAACUAGUUUUAUGCUAGUCCACUGUAUUGCUUGAAUUAUCACUAAAGCAGACGAGACAAAGCAUUUUCAAAUUGAAUUUCAAUUGAAAUUAAGGCUCUAGAUAAUAGUUGAACAAUUUCUGAUUGGAUCAAACCAGAGGUUGGCAUAUUGAUCACCAUAGUUAUUCAAUCUGGGGCUGAAGGUAUUUUCCAUUUGGAGCAAUAAUCGAAACCAGUUUCCCUAAAUUGGGCAAUUAACAACCAACGGUUUCCACCUAUAAGCUGCAGUUAAUUUCCACUUUCGAGUUGAAGUGUAUAGUGGUGUAUAGGUUUGUAGUGUACCGGUGUAGGUUUGUUGUAAGUUUCGAUUGGCUCCACCAUGGAUGUUCUAAGCAGAUGUGUCUUGGCAUCAUUGUCUCAGCAUUCACACACCCUGUGGUGUAGUCCACAUGCAAUUCAUUAUAAUCUUGUAUUCAACUUGUUGAAGCAAUUAAGAUGACAAUAAUGUCACCAUGCAGUGUGUAGAUAGAUAUACAUGUGUAGUGGUAUACUAUAUUUUGAGGGUAGAUUGUUCUAAACUCAGGCUUUGGUAAGUGUAUUCCGUUGUGUCUGACUGAGUGCAUGUGAGUGUGUGAAAGUCUUGUUGGUCACUUCUUAUGAGUCCUGCUAAGUUAGCACUGAAGCUAUUUUUGUGUGUUGUCGAGUAAGCUUAUACGCAUGCUAAUAAAUAUGCUGCCGUAUUAAAUGUAGUCGUCCUGUUGCUUUUUAUGGGAGCGUUAUACUGUAGCUUGCAUAAUUAUUAUAUCCAGAUGAGAAAACUAAUAAUUAUUCUCUUCAACCUAUUUUAAUUUCAAACCACAAAUUACAAGUUAGGGUAUUUUUAGAAUUGUGAGUGAAUUGUGAGUAUUUAAUUUUUACGCAUUGUGGUUAGACAAUGACAGUGAUCAUGUACAAUACAGACUAUGUUCUAUAUUUAGGGGUACAUUAGCUGUACAGUCAUGCAUGCAUCACAUGGCAAUGUACUAAAUAUUAUACCACACUUACGUCACCACUAAUUGAUCUCAUUGGUCAACAGCUGUAUAUAUAGGAUAUAUAAAAUUAUACAGCCCCAUGCAGGCAUGCACAGUUUUCAAGUUUUUUUCUAGUUUUUCCAUUUGUUCAAGAAAGUAAGCAAAGAGAAAACAGCCAUGCUUGACAGUACUAAGACUCAAAACGACGGCAGAAAGACGGAAGCUGCUCUCCAAGAAGAUUCCAUGGGUCCAUGACCGUGGUUUAGAUACAUUUUAUCCAAGCUCUUCUUGCAACUCCAGUAAGAGACGUCGAAUGGUCAAUGCUUGGACCAACGAAGCUCUUGAGCAUCUGUAGGAGUCAACGUGUUGCUCAACUAGCUCUUUGACGGCUGCAAAAUCCGGCAUAGUCUUAUGGUGAGCUUUUUAUUUCAAAAUGGCGAUACAAAAUACCAUGUGUUGGUGUCCCAAACUGGAAGGAUAAAUCGACUCGAUGUGUUUUAUCAACUCGAUUUAUCGACUUCUUCUGGUAAGGAUCGACUCGAUGUGCGAAUCGAGAUCGAUCUGAUGGUAGGAUUAGCCUCGAUUCCAGGCUGCCCUCUAAACUAGCUUUGUUCUUCCCAGCGGCCUGGAAUCGAGGCUAAUCCUACCAAUUCGCCAUCGAGUUGAUCCUUACCAAAGAAGUCGGUCGGACCUCCUCUGCUGCCAGAUGAAGUCAAUAAAAUCGAGUUGAUAAAACACAUCGAGUUGAUCCUACCAAUAAAAUCGAGUUGAUACAACACAUCGAGUCGAGGACACCAACACAUGCUAGGGGAGUCCUUUUAUAGUGCUGUGGUAUAAGUCAGAUAUUCCACACCUACUCGGAGGAUAUGCACCCCAUAUAUCCUCCUUUUAGGUGUGAUAUAUCGUCUUGUACAUAACUAAACUUACAGAUUAGGAGCACACAAUGAUUGUAUACAGCAAUCAAUAUGUUCUAAUUUACAUAGGAUAUUGUAGAUCUAUAGGCCAAUUUCCUUUAUCACGUCCUGCAUUAUACGUAAAUCACAAAGAUAUUGUUUAUUGAUCAUAAGGAACGUUAACUGCUAAAUUGAAAGUCAUAAUUAGUUAAUCAAUCACUAGCUAGUCUAUAUAAUUAUUACAAGCAUACUAAUGAGGUUUCUCAAGAGGUCGACUGACCUUAACUUUAGUGAGACCUCGUUUGAUCACAACCAUGCACUGGCAAUGCCACAUCUCUCUUUGACUUGAGAGAAACGUGGACAUUACAUACAGAGUAUGUUGCUACACAGUAGUUUGACAGGUGUAAUUCGUCAGAAGCUUAUACGGUCAUGUAAUAGACAAAUUUCUUGUUUGUCCUAUCCAGAACAGGCUAUACUAUAUAUUAUAUUGUUGCUAAAAAUUGAUGUUAGUUUGUUUUGUUACCGGGGCUGUGAUUAUACGAUUAGUUUUUCAUUAUUAGGAAAGUGCUUUCAUCCUCUUAAAAUUUACCGUAUUUGUUGCAUUUUGAGUGGGCAGAUCAAAGGAAACACUGUGCCACUAUCUGCCAUAUGGCACAGGUCAAGCCUUGAACUGUGCCACUGGCAUAGUAUGGCUGAAGUUACCUAGAUACUGGCAUAGUAUGGCUGAAGUUACCUAAUAUACUAUUAUACAAUUGAAGAAAGAGAAUUUUUUGAGGGUCGUGAUUGUUUCAUGACAUAUGGGGGGAAUUUUAGCUAUCCAAUUGAUCGAAGGAACCUAACAUUUAGUUUCAACAACAAUACAGCAGCGAUUGCUGGAUCAGCAAUGUAUGCCUCAUCAUUCCACUCUUGUUUCUAUGCUUUUAGUGGUAAAUUAAGAAAAGGACAAAAAAUCCAAGAGUUUCUUAAUAAGAUAGGCAACUUUUCCUUUGAUGGAGUAUAUAAUGUGUCUGACAUACACAAUUUUGUAUUGUCUACAACCGGUCAUGCUUUUCUUCCAACUAAUCUAAAAACAUUGUAUGCUAUCCCUGGAAAAAAAGUUGCUGUACCAUUAACUUUGAAAGAUGAGCUUAACCAGACAGUUCGUACUGAAUUUUUUGUGAGAGUAGAUGGCAAUCAAGUGUCUCUGAAUGAAAGUCAUUACACUAUCAACAAAACUGUAACACUGUUUGGCAGUGAAAACCAAACGGGAAAAUUAACAGUAACAUCCAUUAGUCCUUACCGAAGAAUCGAACAUUUUUUUGAUGUUCAGCUCCAGCCAUGUCCUCCAGGCUAUUACUCUCAUGAUGGUUCCUGCUCUUGUUCCUCUGAAAACAAGUUACAAGCUCUUCCUGGGAUAUCACAAUGUAAUCGAAACUUCACAGCACACCUGACAAAUGGAUAUUGGGUUGGUUAUCACAACCAUAAUACUAGCACAUUAUACACAGGACCAUGUCCUUUUCAAUUCUGUACAUCAACAAUAUCAGAGAAAUCACUACCCCAUUCAAAUGCACAGCUAUCACAAUUUGUGUGUGAAAAAAAUCGACAAGACACACUGUGUGGUCAAUGUAAGGAAAACAGUUCAAUAUACUUUCAUUCCUAUAGCUUUCAAUGUAAGGAAGACAAGCACUGCUCGUAUGGUGUGAUCUUUUUCUUAAUAUCCGAAAUUCUACCAGUAUUCAUUUUAAUCACAUUUAUCGUUGUCUUUGAUGUGAGCUUUUCAUCCGGUAGCAAAAAUGGCUUCAUAUUUUUUAGCCAAUGUAUUCGUAUUUUGCCAUUAAAUUGGUCAGAAAUUGUUAAAUUGAGAAAAGUAUACCAUUAUUUCCAAACAGGCUACAGCAUAUUUUAUGGUAUAUUUAAUUUCGAAGUUUCUUCAGCGGAGGCGAUGUCUUUCUGCCUCUUUAAGGGUGCCACUGUAAUGGACGUUCUGGUUUUUAAGUACAUCACUGCUGUCUUUGCUUUUACAUUGGUCAUACUUGUUACUGUUUGCAUGAAUCACUGCUCGUGCUGUAACAGAUUGUGCAAGGCAAUGAAAAGACGGGUCUCAACAAAUGUGUCUGUUUUGCAUGGACUCUCUGCUUGCCUUGUUAUUUGCUAUACAGAAUUAGUACGUGUAUCCUUUUUUAUAUUACGAAGAGCCAAACUAACAGGAGCUGAAGGUGUUCUUGGCCCUAAAGUGACGUUCUAUGGUGGGCUGGAGUACUUAGGACCGGAGCAUUUACGAUUUGCAAUCCCUGCAAUUUUCAUUUUAGCAACAGUUGUUUCCUUUCCUUCCAUUUUGCUCCUUGUCUACCCUUCUGGACUGAAGAUCCUGGAGUUUUGUAAGCUGAGCGAGCAUCGCUUUGUAAUAUUCACCCUUAGGUGCACUCGAAUAAAUAAACUAUUGCCCAUGUUUGACGUUUUUCAAGGUGGUUUCAAAGAUAAUUAUCGUUCUUUUUCUGGACUAUACUUCCUCUAUCGUGUCGUUCUGUUAUUGCCAUAUCUCUUUUACCAGAAUAUAUUCGGGUAUGUGAUUCUACUGGAAUUAUUUCUUUUACUAAUGCUUUACAUUCAUUGCAUUUUCCAGCCCUACAAGCUGCGGAAGCACAACAUUUUUGAUAGUCUUCUUUUUGGCAAUUUGGCUAUGAUAAACGGACUGUCUAUUUUGGUACUACAAACAGUACAAGACAGUCAAGCUACAACCUCAAUUCAGGUUAUACUGCAUAUUCAACUAGUACUUUUAUACAUUCCCAUCGUUGCAGUCAUUGGAAUGCUGCUCAAGAAAUUGUUUGGAUAUGUAAAACGUUUGCUGAAGAAGUUAAACACAGAUACUAGACUAGAUCGAGUAGAUCGAAGCAAUUAUGAAUUCAUCGAAGGUUUAGACGAUAGAGAUAGAACACUAAAUUAAGACUUGAGUUUUCAAAAUAAUAUCACUAUUUUUCACUAAAUCGUUUUUGUAAUUGUAUACUAUAUCCAAUACCAACAAGUUAUAAUUAUAUAGUAACUAUUCCACAAUUUUGUAUAUAGGUUAUUACUCAUGCAGAGGAAUGUACAGGGCAAUAAUAGUGCAGCAUGAAGACAUGACGUUAUGUCCUAGUUCUGAUAAUUAUAGCCUCGGUUAUAAUGAGAUUUAUUCAUUCCGAAAAAGCUAAUUUAAUACCGUAAAUAACGAGAAUAUAGUUCCCUAUAAAGGCAAUACAACCUCCGGGCGGUGGGUGGUGCUUUAGGUAUAAAGCACCACAUCCUAUGUAAUAUCAAUAUCAUAUAGGCAUGCAUGUAUACUGUACACACUCCUUUGAUGUCUGACCACAACGAGCACUGUACACUUGUCACCGAGACGACUUCGGUCAACGUAAUUGUUGAUGUUAUAUCACAACCAAAAACAAGUUUGUCAGCAAAUUAAGUGGCUCAUAAUAGCAAGACUUAAUCAUGCACUGAUGUGAGUGUUUUAAAAACAGCUUAUUGUAUCACUAUUGGGAUGUGUAGUUUCACACAUUUUGUUUACUGAUGACAAUAGCCAAUUGGAGUGCUAUACUGUAGAAUGAUUGUGGAGGAUGAUAUAGCAUUUAAUGAAGCGUAGAAUAAUUGUGGAGGACGAUAUAGCACUUAAUGAAGCGUAGAAUAAUUGUGGAGAGACGAUAUAGCACUUAAUGAAGCGUAGAAUAAUUGUGGAGGACGAUAUAACACUUUAUGAAGUGUAAAAAAAUGUGGAGGAUCCUCUGUUGAUUAGAGCACCUUAGGGCAACUCAGCAGUUAAUUCAGUACUGUACACACAUUUUUCACAUAAGUUCAAUCUGCAGGUGCCCAAAUUUACAGUGUUGUGCAUACUUUUACACCAGAGGAGGUACGACAGGCGCGGUGCAGCUCAAGCAUUUAGCCUUUGAUUGAGCAAUAAUUAUCCUCCCACAUUGUAUGUUUUUGCUGUACCGCGCCUGUCGGACCUCCUCUGCUUUUACACAUUCAGAGGCAAAUCUUUGUAGCGUGUAGCUCAAGAAUUUGUCCAGAGGAAUGACAAUUCUUAAUUGGAUGCUCUGACUUUUUCAUUUCUUGAAAGUAGCUACCGUAUAGCUGGUAAUUUCAGGGGGGUGGGAGAAAAUAUUUGUGGUUGGAGCUCUGACCACGAAUAUUUACCCACAAAUGAAUCUGCAGUGCAAGCAUAGAUAGAAGAGAAGAGGGAUUGGUGACUCAAGUACCCUCUAGCGACAUCCACUUUACAUGCGAUUUAAUCGAGGCUGUGUCAAUAAGAUGGGCGUAGUCCGGCUAGCCAAGCUAAUGGCCUAUUUCUACACACAGUGCAUAAUAUACAUGUACCACAAGCAAAUAUGCUCAGUCAGUGCUGCAACUUACUAUAAGGUCUAACCAGCCGCUUACACGUUUUAGCAAUACAAGACUAUAAAUAGCAGCUGUACACUUAUAACUUUACUGGAAUGUCCCUUUUUACUGCAUGUUAUAAAUUACUGAAAAAGAUUAUGUCUCGAGGAAACUUUCUUAUUUUGAGCGAGUUACCCGGCAAAAUAGCCUCGUUUAUAUAAGGCGUAACGCGGAUAGUUUUUAAGGUUUUACUGCAGAUUAAAUGUAAAAUGAUAACGUAAACUGCUUCUGUUACCAAUCCGUCUUACUCUUCUAUAUAUGGUACAAGCAGCAAACACGAAAAAAAUCCACUAAAUAUUGCUCAACCACGAAUGUUUUUCCCCCCCGAAUUACCGGCUAUAUGAUUUCAAUAAGAAUCCUAUAUUAUGGUUAUGUAUACCUGGCAUUGCUGUAUAAAAUUGAACACCAUGCACUCACACCAAUAUUUGCAAGCACCCCCAUGCUCAUGAUUUGAAUGCUUUCUAAGUUCCUACUACAUGUAGUGAAUCAUGUUGGUCUUGAGAGGGUGCACUGGGCUGGGCCACUGGCACUUAGUAUGCACACCGCAAUAAACAUCAAAUGAGGAAUUUCAAGUCAUUAACCAGCUAUAUACAUUUUUGUAGCUAUACAAGAUACAUACAUAACUAUAAUUAUUACUGUCUGUAGAACUAAAACUGUCAUUAUGGAGUUCACAAAACAAAUCAUCACGAGAUGUGUUUUCAAAGAAGCAGAAUCAACAUCACCAGACCAACAAGGAGAGAGAGAACUGGCCUCACCACAGCCUGAGAGUUUGUCCUCACCACACGACCAGCAAUAUCCUGUGGCAGCCUAAAGUUGGGGCCAAGUAACUGUCCAGUACUCUCGCACUGAAUUUGUCGCAACUGCUCUAGAUAGGCCCCAGGUACGGUGAUCCUCUCCUUCAUCACAAACCAGUUCACGAUUUCGGAGCAGGGUGGACUAGUGAAGGAGCCUUCGUAAGUGAAGUAGUCUCGAUUUGUUGGAAGAAGCUGGUCGAUACGAAACCCUACGACUGAGCUCUCAUUGGCGACAAUUAUUUUGGAGGCAUUCAGCUGCAGCCAGGGACCGGUUAGUUCCAUGUCUUCAUCAACAUCGGCUAUCACCGCGAUCACACCCAGAUAAUCUCCCACCAUUUCGGUUUCGUUUUGCUUCCUCUGCACAAAGUGAAUCUCGAGCUCUCCUGCAUCAGAGUCCACCUGAUGCUCGGACCCCUCUCCCGUCUGGCUGCCCCAGUGAAAGUGGAACUGCAAGAAAUCGUAGGUACCGAGAUGAUUCCUAGUCGUGGCCUGUGAGUUAUCAGGGGUGAAACGCACGUUGAUUCCCUCAUUGGAGAAGGUCCCGUCGUACUCAAUGUCAAACCCUGUCAUCUCCAGAGGAAUCAGGCUCUCGUCAAACUGGACGUCUGCAGUGAUGAUGUCUAUAGGAGACUGUCGCAUUGUGUUCCCUGUGACACAUAUAUUAGGCCACUGGUCUUGCAUAGAGUAGGACCACUCCUUUUCCAAGGCAAGAGCAGAGUUGAGCAAGAGUGCUAUAAUUGUUGCUGAAGAGAACGAAAAGGCAAUCAUGAUCUCCACUGUUGUACUGCUGUAAGUCUCACUAAAUUCUGCACUAUUUUUCAGUCAGCUAGCUAACUAUAAUAAUGUUAGCUUGCUGAUAAUUAUUCCCGAGAGUAUACAGUCAUCUAUUAAAGCAAUACACAAAUGCGCUGUUAUCUGAUACGACAUACCAUAGAUUCCUUUAAAACACCCACAUCUAUACAAUUACAACCACAUACAACUGCACUCAAAACAGUGUGAUUUCUGAUUGUAGCCCGCCUACCUAGCUUCUCAGAAAUUGAUAACACUGCAGCAGAGGAGGUCAAAGGAGGUCCGACAUGUGUGCACGAAUCACUACAAAUUCAUGCAUUGAUGUCAUUGCGAUAACGUGAUAACGUCCAGCUGGCCAAAUGCAUGCAUGUCGAGUCUCUAAGAGGCGGUCAGAGGAGGAGCAAUGGCUAAUAUCCAGCUAUCCCCCAACAGUGCUCCUCUUCAAGACUUGGCUAUACUAACGGAUGAGACGGACAAUGUGAGGUAAGGGUUUAAACCCUCUUUUUGUCUUUGGUUUCUUUUUAAUCUUGUCCUACUCAUAGGGCUGACUGGAGUGUAUCUGCUCAUUGUGAGCGUUGUUUCUGGUAGCUCAGAGGCAUCAAGAGUAUCUACGUUUCUCAAGCAAAAGUUACGAAUACUAUCAAUAGGGGCCUAGAAUCGCUCAGAGAAAUCCAGCAGCCUGCUAAACCCUUCUAAAAUAAUUUGAGGCAUUCAAUCAUCCUGAAUGCCCUGGGUCACUAUAAUCAUGUUGCACUGCGUACAACCGGUACUCCUUGCUUGGACUCCGCCCAACUAGUGAAGCACCUUCCUAUGUGCACUCAUAUAGAUACUAACAGGAGUACAUAAAGAGGAGUAUCCAACUGUGGCAGUUGUAGUGUAAACCACGUUACGGUAUGAGUACGUCACUCUCAGACCGCAUUUUAAGUGGGUGUGUACGUGUAUUGGUUAGUUAGUUAAAAACGAUAUCAGCACACACACGUGCACGUGUCAAUUUGUACCUCCAGCCCACAUUCAUGGCUAACAACUACAAGUGUUAGUGAUGGUUCAGUCCUAGAUGUAGAAUGGAAUGUGGCCACAAAUACAAUAAAAUUUGACGCAUGCGCAGACAACUAGAUUCAUUAUAAAAGCGAAAAAAACUCGGCCUGGGAUCGAGGCUAGUCAUAAUUACACUGACCUCCUGGCAUAGAAAAAUGUGGGUAGGAAUAGCACUUUGUGAAGCGUAGAAUAAUUGUGGAGGUUGAUUAGAGCACCUAGGGCAACUCAGUAGUACACACAUUUUUCUAUUGAUAAGCUUAUUAUGGAUCUGCAGGACAAGUUUUUCAGUGCUGCUUUUACACAUUCAUAGGCAAUCUUUGUAGCGGAAUGACAAUUCUUUUUCUUUUCUUGAAAGCAAUACUGCAUGAACCUGCCUAGCUAUAAAGAUAUAGUAUAAAAUUGAGUAUCACCCGUACCAAUAUUUGGCACCCCGGAAUGAUUUCUCAGUAAGUUCCAGUACUCCAUGCAGUGAAUUAUGUUGGUCUUGAAAGGGUGCAACUGGCACUUAUAUAUACAACAUUUCAUACACUGUAUUCAUACAUAGUCAAUAAACAAUCUCUUUCUCUUAAUGAGGAAAAAAGUCAUUAACAUCUAUACUAUCAAGUCAUUAACAUCUAUACUAUAGUCUAUAAUUUAUUAUAGCUAGCUAUGAACAAAAUACAUAUACACAACUGUCUAAACUGUCGUUAUGGAGUCCACAAAACAAAUCAUCCCGAGAUGUGUUUUCAAAGAAGCAGAUUCAACAGCACCAGACCAAUGAGGAGAGAGAGAACUGGCCUCACCGCAGCCUGAGAGUUUGUCCUCACCACACGACCAGCAAUAUCCUGUGGCAGCCUAAAGUUGGGGCUAAGUAACUGUCCAGUACUCUCGCAUUGAAUUUGUCGCAACUGCUCUAGAUAGGCCCCAGGUACGGUGAUCCUCUCCUUCAUCACAAACCAGUUCACGAUUUCGGAGCAGGGUGGACUGGUGAAGGAGCCUUCGUAAGUGAAGUAGUCUCGAUUUGUUGGAAGAAGCUGGUCGAUACGAAACCCUAUGACUGAGCUCUCAUUGGCAACAAAUAUUCUGGAGGCAUUUAGCUGCAGCCAGGGACCAGUUAGUUCCAUGUCUUCAUCAACAUCGGCUAUCACCGCGAUCACACCCAGAUAAUCUCCUACCAUUUCGGUUUCGUUUUGCUUCCUCUGCACAAAGUGAAUCUCGAGCUCUCCUGCAUCAGAGUCCACCUGAUGCUCGGACCCCUCUCCCGUCUGGCUGCCCCAGUGGAAAUGGAACUGCAAGAAAUCGUAGGUGCCGAGAUGAUUCCUAGUCGUGGCCUGUGAGUUAUCAGGGGUGAAACGCACGUUGAUUCCCUCAUUGGAGAAGGUCCCGUCGUACUCAAUGUCAAACCCUGUCAUCUCCAGAGGGAUCAGACUCUCGUCAAACUGGACGUCUGCAGUGAUGAUGUCUAUAGGAGACUGUCGCAUUGUGUUCCCUGUGACACAUAUAUUAGGCCACUGGUCUUGCAUAGAGUAGGACCACUCCUUUUCCAAGGCAAGAGCAGAGUUGAGCAGGAGUGCUAUAAUUGUUGCUGAAGAGAACGAAAAGGCAAUCAUGAUCUCCGCUGUUCUACUGCUUUAAGUCUCACUAAAUUCUGCACUUUUUUCAGUCAGCUAGCUAACUAUAAUACUGUUAGCUUACUGUUCUUAUUCUCUAGAGUACACUUAUUCCCUAGAGUACAGUCAUGUAUAUAUAGUAAGCAAUACACAGACGCGAUGUUUGUUAUCCGAUACGACAUACCAUAGAAACGCGCUGUUUGUUGUGUCUGAUACGACAUACCUUUAAAACGCCCACAUCUGCACUCAAAUAAUUUCUGAUUGUAGCCCGCCUACCUAGCCGUCAUCCUAAUCAUAAAGCUGCUUCCAGACGACUUUAAUUGAAUUCCACUCGUCUACUCUUCUUUUAGUAUCUCCAAUUCAUGUGGAGCUAGCUGAGUGGAAUUUAAUUAAAGUCCUCCGGAAGCAGUUUUAUGAUUGACCCAGACAAUCCCAUUCUGCAUGAUGUCAACCCACACAGUUUACAUAUGUACUACAAAUGUUUGUGACGUUCUCAAAAAUUGAUAACACUGCAGCAAAGAAGGUCAGAGGAGGUCCGACAUGCGUGCACGAAUCACUACAAGUUCAGUGCAUUGAUGUCCAGGCCAAAUGCACACAUGUCGAAGGUCAGAGGAGGUACAACAUGUAGGCUUGAUUGAGCACAUUCCGUUCACGUGUAGGCCUAGGUUUAUUAACCCUGAGUCAGCAGGUCUUUUAAUGAUCUGAAUGUCCUACCACCUCCUCUGAGAGGAUGUUGGAAGGAUGAGAUCAAAUGUGCUAAGUCAGCGCUAUUUUUGUGUUUAGUCAGCAGUUUAGUUGAUCUCAAGAGCUAGAGAUAAAGCAGUAAAGGAUCACCUAGCCUCGAGACCAGGCCGAUUAAAAUACGUAUUUAAUCGGCCUGGUCUCAAGGCUAAGGAUCACCUAGAUGCUAGACUCCUGCUCUUGCACAAUCCAGGAAGAGAAGCCUCAUCUCUGUACGUAGAUUCAGUAGUUUGGCUAAGAAAAACCUUAUUAAAUCAGAAGCAGAUGCAGUGAUCAAUAUUGUACAGCUUGCAUGGAGUGAGGAAGAAGCAGAUUUUCUUGAUGGCCAGUAGCAAGAGUAGAUAGAUAAGAUUAAGAGUGUUGAACUGCUAUUUGCCUGCUCCUGUGUCAUCACUUGCAUGUAGCAGGAGUGCAUGUAUUCAUGCUCUCAUGCUUGUAGUUCUGUACUAAUUCGUUAUCGGUAAGCAACACUUCCCACUUUAUAAUCUAUGCAAUGUCGGGGUGUGUCAGAGGUAGCCAGGUGGAGCUAUAAUGAUUGUAGGUAUAAUGUAAUGAUCGAAAUAGCUUAUGAGCAGAACGCUUGAAAAAGGGCUUUCUGAGCUGUACGUAGAAUGAAGCUGAAGUGUCCUCAGUACAAUCACCAACACUGCAUGACUUUCUGUGACAGUCUAUUAUUUGCCUAAUAAAACCAUGCAGUUACAUGCUUGUAGUUACGUGUAGCGCGAAACUUUCAAGAUACACUGUUUUCAUGGGUUAGCAAUCAUGUUCCUAUUGUCUGUUCUCCUUCACAGUGCACUUGUUGAAUAGUAUUAUGUAUAGCGGGUUUUCGCGAAAUAGCAACCUUUUGCAGCAUGCAUGUGAUAUUAAUAUAAAUUCGUGGUUAUAAUGUUCGUGGUACAAACUGCAGCAAAAAAUUAAUUAAUGUUCAUCAUGAUGCUUUAUGCUGCACCUGAGGUGCUUUCAUUAAUUUUGGCGAUAAUUUUACAUUGUACGUGGUACAUGUAUAAGUUUUGUACUAAGCAGUUAUUUAAACAAAAGGUUUUUUGGCACGUAUCUUACGAGAGGUCCCUAACUCACCAUAAAAUCGUUUCUCUAUAAGUGCAUAUAUAAGUGCUUCUAGAUUACGAUUGUUUGAUCACACGCCAAAAAUUAAUGUGCUAGCCGACUUCCAUGCUCAUGCAUACAUACUAUCAAGUGCUCCUUAUAAUACUAUAUCUAGCGGGUAAUUUUUGUAUGAACUACUCAUUAAAUAUGUAUAGCUCAGGUGACUAUUGCGGUAGAAUAAUUUCGGAGUUUUAAUUUUCGUAUGAUGCUCAAUUUCCACCAUACGAAUAAUUCGCUAUUAUUUUAUACGGUUACGUACUGCAUUUACUGUACAACACUCCUCUGUACUGUGCAUGGUUGUGAAACAUUCUACAUGUCAGGCUUUAGCAAUUCAGAGCUCUAGUAUAUAUUUUAUCAUCUUGGCUGAUGACCUUUAACACACACCCAAGUAGACCAAGUUCCCAGUGGCUGGACAUCCAAGAUAAAGCUUCUGGAGAAAGUGAAUGAGCUCAACAAGCUAGCUACAUCAAGUGCAGACAGGACAUCGAGACUCCUAAUGCCGCAGGCACACCUGCAGCUGAUCAGAGCAGCUCAGAUGGGGACUCAUGAGGUAUGAAACACUGAGAGUGUAUGAAGUCCGUCUCUCAACUGACCAUAAGUUGCCGUCUCCCUGACUGCCCACUUACGCAGCAUGAUGAGUGCUUGUCUGGUUGGCUCUGCUCCUCUUGUCUCUCUCUCGAUGCUCGCAAUGUCUUCAGAAGUGAGGGAGAGGGGAAAAGCAAGACACAGCCAACGAGAGCCAAUGAUGGGAGCAAACGAUUGGAGAAUUUCCUCAUCAGGACGGAGAGAUGAAUUGCUUUUGAGGAAUUUCUCUUGUAGAGUCACGUCUAUAAUUGAGAAAGCGUAAACUUCAUGAUGUAUGAAUAUAUAUACGCGCAUGUACAUGCAUGGCUGUAAUAUGAUAUCUUAUAAACUAGGUAAAUUUCUUACUUGAUAAUGUAUGCUUGAUGCAAGCCAUAUGAAUUUUACGAAUUGCC